GUACGGCUCAAGUACAUACUCGCCGAGUACGCAAGUAUAGCGAGCAUAUAUUAUUAUUAUUAUUUUUUUUUUUUUAUAGCGAGCAUAUUGAGAAACCAGAGCAGAUAGAGCUUGGCAACGUGACGUCACCGCGUUCGCGUCACGGUUUCGGUAGCCAUCUUGAUUGCCUGAGUACUGAGCAGCCGUAGAGAGGAGUAUGUGACACUCAACGAUAACAACAACACAGGUGUUCAGUCAUGGGAAGGACCUGUUGUGUUAUCGGUUGCAAUGCUCGUUCACACGACCACAAGGAACGAAAACUCGACAAUGGACUAUCGUUUUAUGGUUUUCCUUCAUGGAAGCAGCUUCAGGGAAGCCUUGUAUCCGACAUUACAAAGAGGAGACGGAUGGCUUGGAUAGCAGCUGUGAGGCGCCCUGAUAUUAAGUUUGUCAACAUCCCGAGAUAUCUCAAAGUGUGUUCCCAACAUUUUCAUAUGGGUAAACCAGCAUAUGAGAUGGAAGAGGCACACCCUGACUGGGCUCCUUCACUGCACCUGGGUCACUCUGAUGUGCAUGUUACACAGCCAGACCAGUACUUACGCAUACAACAGCGACUUAAAGGAAGAAUAAACGACCAGGCAGACAAACAUAUGGCAGAAGAUGGGCAAGAUGGAGAAAAUGCAGAGAUAGAAGUUGCACUGGAGGAGGAGGAGGAUGGAGAAGAGGUGGAAGCCACAGAAGAGGAGGAGGAUGGAGAGCAGGCAGAAAAUGAAGAUGCAUAUGAACCAGCAGCUAAGAAACAGGGAACAUAUUGUCCGAACUGUGAUCAGAUCAGGGCAGAAAUAAACCAUCUGUUGCAGGAGAACCAGGAACUUAGGUCUGAGCUAAGUAAGAGACAGUUUCAACUUCCGCAUCCAUUACACAUGGCUUUACAAAAAAAAACUCAAUUCAAGGUUCAAUCACCGUUUCAUUAAAGAUGUAAAAAUAAACUAAAAUUGUUAAUUUAUCUGCCACAUAUCCCGGGUGUAACAUACCAGGAAAUAUAACAGUAUACCUCUACAAAGUAGUGAAAUAUUGGAAGUGGAAGAAAAGCAGAGUAGAUUGGAUUGAUAUGGAAAAUAAAUUGUUUAUUGUAUGUUUACCAUUUAUUCCAAAUAAUUAGUCUAAGCACGACAUUGAGAUGCUGUGCUACAAGCAAAAAUUUUAAGUAUCACCGUGGUUAUAAACAUCUGUAUAAUGCAAAGCUGUGGCAUUCAGUGAUGUGCAACAUAAGAUCUGUUUAAAGAUAGUGAUAGUAUUAACAUAGCAAUUUUCUAGUCUUAAUAACCACUCCCUCAACAUUAUAGUUGAAAGAGGACUCUACCACUGAGCCAGAAUAAAAUCUGGAAGGAAACAAAAGUCUUAACUAAUAUAUUUGAUAUUUACAAAUGAAGAAAUGCAUAAAGGUUUCAGUAACUGUACAAUUUCACAGCCCUUUAAUUGUAUAACUGACAAAUUCAAAUCUAAGCAGAUUGUGUAAAGUAUGGCAUAUAUAUGUAAUUUCUGAUGAUGUGAAAGGCAGCCCCUGCAUUGCCCACCCUUCUUUAUGGUAAAUAAUGUUAAUAUUGAAUAUUAAAAAAAGAAAAAUGACAAAAGGAAUGGCUCCAGUAUUUGCCACUAUAUCACCAAAGAUUUAAAGAGAUACGACAAGCUAAGAAUAAUACAAUAUAAUCAAAUACCAUUGCAUUUGUUUUUGAUUUAUUAAGUUCAGACACAAGUAUACAAAAACAUGACACCCCCAAAACAGAGCAAGAGAGAAAUCUUGCUAAUUCAUAGUUUGUGAAAAGGCACUGUUGUGAUACAUAUAUACAGACUUGCAUACUUAAUCUAAAUAUAUUUUAAAAGCACAUGCAUAUUAAAUGAAGCAUAUAAAAAAAAGUACAAGAUGAUUUACCAAUUAUGUUAAUAACCUCAACCAUCAAAGUUUGUACACUUUAACAUUGCAUGCCUUAAAUACAAGGUCACUGCGCAAAAGAAAACAUGCAUUUUCAAGGAAACCAGAAAAAAAGAGACAUACUGAUAAAUACUAUAAUAAAUAUGACUAUUUACAUGUUUGGUUCAUAGGCUACAUGUUGACCUGCAUCAGACUUUCAACAAUUAAGGCACAGUUUCUAUUAUAACAAUUUACAGGAUGUAUAAAAAUGCUCAAAUUAUGCAAAUCCAGCUCAUCUCGGUUAUAAAAAUGGUCAAUUUA